GCGAGUUUCCCAAGUGCUACAGUCGAGUAACGCCAUAACGAAAGGCCAUUUUGACGCUUCCCCUUGUUUGUGGUGUUUCUUCUUCGCCGUGUGGUUGGAAAAUACUGUGCAAAACCCUGUUAAUUGUGUGUAGUGAAAGCAAAACAUAAAACCGAGAACGAUGUCGGAAAAUACCACCACGGUGCAGACCACCGGUCCACAGCAGAAUAAUUCAUCGGCGCCGCAAAGCCGUCCUUCACAAGGUCCAACAAACGGCUCUUCUGGCUUCAGGGGUCGAGGAGGACCACGAGGCAACCGUGGCGCUGGUGGUGGCUUCAUGCGAGGACGUGGGGGACUGGGUGGUCCACGAGGGGGUCCAAUGAUGCGUGGUCGCGGUGGAAUGCGUGGUGGACCACGCGGAGCACCGCGAGGUCGCUUUAACCCCGGUGGCGUACCUCCACCUCUAGAUAUGGGCGAUAAUAUGAUGGGAGAUAACGGUGGCAUGCGUGGACCUCCAGGAGGUGGCUACCGCGGUUCAGGCCGUGGUGGUCCGGGUGGUUUCCGCGGGAGGGGAAUGCCCCGUGGUCGCGGUGGCCCCGGUGGUGACCGCAGCAAUCGCAUGGGUGGCGGUGAUCGUAUGCCACGCGGCGGCGGCAAUCGUCCAUUCACUCCACGGGGUGGCAGAGGUAUGGGUGGUUUAGGGGUGCAGAAACGCGGCCAGCCACCAAUGCAAGGCCCUGGCCCUAAACGCGGUCGCUUCGAGAACGGUUCUUCCAACGGUUACAGCCAGAACAAUUCGUAUUCCAAUUCAUACAGCCAGCGCCCACAAUACGGAGGUAACUCUGGUGGUGGACCCGCCAAUAACCAAGGUGGUGGUGGCGGUGGCUACGGUGGUCAGAGUCAACCGUACAACCCACCUACCUACCAGCAAAACCAAUCCUACGGUAACAACCAACCACCACAAAGCAACUACGGCGCUGGUGGCGGUGGUGGUUAUGGUGCACAGCCAAACAGCUAUGACACCAGCUACCAAAACACUGGUUAUGGUCAGGGUAAUAAUGCCGGUUACGGCGCGCCUGAAGAGCAAUACCAGUCGAGCGGGUAUGGUAAUGUUCCGGCGCAGAACGAUGGCGGUUAUCAAGGGGGCUACAACAACCAAGGUGGCUACGACAACAGGGGAGGCGGCGGUUAUGGAUCCGGUUAUGACGCAAACAACUACAGUCAACCACAAAGCGGCGGCGGCGGAUAUGGCAAACAGGACUAUGGUAAGUGGUAACUUUUAAGUCCUUGCCGCAGAGUUCUUACCUAUGUCGCUGACGCGUUAAGAUUUAUUUUUAUUUCUUUGACGUAAUUCUUAUUACUCUAGAGCAGUCAAGUGUUCACUAGUUUAAAGAGAUCAUAUAAUACAAGUUUCUUAUUUAGACGUUGCAGUCGUGAGGCGCGCAACGCCGAGUAUAUUGAAGUUGAAUAUGAAUUCAAUACAAACGCAAGGGAGAAGAGAUUUUGUUAAUAAUGAUUCACAAACACUAAGAUCUGUCGAUACAUAGUGUUAUUUUAAUGACGUUGUAACAAACCUAUCAUACUAAGCACGAUUACAGCCUGUUUUUCGUUAGUAAUCAACUCAUUACGAGAAUCUAAGUUUAAAAAACAUAAUGAUGACAUAUUGAUUAUUGCACCAAUCGCCACCGAUUUCUUUUGUUUGUUGCCUUGAAUUUCUUUUGGAAGAAAACGUGUCUUUUAUUUUUGAUAAAAAAAAGAAGUACCGUUCCGUAGAUGAAACAUAUUAAACUGAUAACCAAGUGUAUAUAUGUUGUGUAUAUUUAAUACAAUUGUGUUUUCUUUGUUUCUUAAGCAUAUUGAAUCAUACGUUCAGAGCCGUAUCAGAACACACAGACAUUGAACGAACAACGCAAUGCAUUGGAAGCUAAAAAUGCCAUCUAACACUAAACAAACAAUAAUCUCAUCUAUCUGACUUUGUGUCCUUCACAAAUUAAUUUUUAAAAAACGCAUAAUUAAUCGUCUCGAGAUAUCUAUCUAUCUGAAAUGAUGAGCGAAUUUACACUCUCUGAUAAGUUCUAACAAUCGACGGCAUGCGCAGAGAUAUUUUAUUUAAAAAAACAAAGUGGCAAAAGUAAUUGAAUUAGUUUUUAGGAAUAAGUUUUCAUGAUUGGAGCAAAUUUUUGAUAUAGAACUGAUGAACCUGUAUAUUUUUACGUUCGACAGCCGGAACGCGCAUUCUUAAUUUACGUGAAUAUAAUUAUUUAUAAAUUAUGCUGCUAAUAUACAAUACAAACUAUUAUAUUGAAGAGAAUAAAGUAUUAUGUACUUACCGACCGAA